AUGACUGCUGAAGUACCACCAGACGUUAGCGAUUCUGAAGUAAGUUCAUUAUGUGGGAGUGAAUUAGAGAUGGAAAUGGCUUGGGGAGAGGGACCCAUUGCGCCAUUGCGGACCGAGACGUCUCUAGAUGACGGCUCUACUAAAACAAGCAUGAACACACACACAAAGCACUGUAACAGCAAUGAGGAAGGCUCUAGUCGAGCACGAACGCCACAGAAACGAGGCAGUGAGUCGCCACUUGCUCGAAGUAAGCGACUGAUUAAUAUUCGCCCGAUCCGAUCGGCCCGUGUAUCUGUCAAACCCGAAUGA